AUGGUGGUGUACAGAUUUCGUUGUUUACUUUGUGGACUGACAAAGGAACUCAAGUAUGGUCGCCGUUCGUCAUCCGGCCGACAUACUGCUAUAAUGCUCGCUUCACUGGUGGUCUAUAGAGAACUGGACGCACAGUUUGCGAAGUCGGUCUAUUCUGAUAUAAUGUUGACUAGAAGAAGGCUGUGCACUGAUCAUUUUGCAGAAGCUGCGAAAUGUAUAUUUGCUGAUAUUGGGGCUUUUGCCGACGAUUCGUCUGAUGCUGACUUGGAUAAAGAUUGGAUCCUAACAAACGAUGGGAACAUCCCUGGACCCGCUAUGGAACGAAUAUGCGCCGCCGUGAAACAGCUGUGUGAGAAAUCAGCGCUGACGGCUGCAAAUAUUGGGAGCUUCUUGAAUGAUAGUCUUACCCGAUAUGGAUCGGGAAUAAUUCCUGAUAAACAGUAUUUGUCUUCGCUUCGGUCUUCUCAAUCGUUUAUGGCUCCACCAGUUCUAGAGGAAACUGAUUCACAGUUACUAGAUGAGAUUUUUCAUGUGCAAGGCAGGAAACUGCUCGAAUUAUUUCGAUACUGUCCAUCAUGUGGAACAUCCUUGGAUGAAUCAAAUGGUGGCUCUGUUCGUCUUUUGGCCAAGGAAAAAACACCCUUCGUUGACCUGAUCUUUCGUUUAACAGCAAAGGGACAAGUUCCUGUUGUUGAAGUGUUGUGUGGAAUGUGCUGGAUUUCAAAAAGACCACAACAACGAUGGGAAGGUCAGAGCAGUGAUGCUUUUGAGGAGAAGAUGCGAAUAGAAGAAGCCGAGAGCAAUGCAGUGGCAAUGCCGAAGAGAAAUGGAGAUAAGUUGGGCAGGUCAGUGGGCCAUGAGAAUGGCGAACAUUUCGAGGUUACUGAAGGAACACCAGACGGCAACGCCAUAGACGGCGCACACAAUAAGCAUAGGGCUCAACAUCUGAUUGAACGGCCAGAAAGCAAGGUGAUGCUGCGAUAUCGGUGCGUCUUGUGUAGUCUCACAUGUCCUUUGAGCUUGGGCCGAAUGUCAUUUUCUUCCCAUAUACUCUCAGCAGUAAUGUUAUCAUCUCUUAUGGUAUUCAAAUCAAUGAGUGUCGAUUCUGCAAAGGCGGUGUACCUCGCUUGUAAAGACAAACGGAAAAUGAUGUGUAAAGUGCAUUAUGCGGAAGCGGCCAAGUACAUAGUCGCAGAAUUGAGUGCUACCGUAGGCACUUUUCCACGCUUCGUGGAAGGUGUGGGUUCGAUAUUCAAAAAGGACUCUGAUGUACCCGAUCAUUUGUUGGAUUGCCUUAACAACAGUGUGAAAACGUUCAGUGGCAGCAUUAUUGUGACUGCUAGAGAUGUUGGACAUUUCUUGAAUGGAAACUUAGUCAGAUAUUAUGAGAACAGCAACCCGGACAAUAAUAUGUGCUCAAAUUGGCCGCCGGAUCUACCAAUGGCCUCACAAUGUGAGUAUGACCUGAGCAUGUCAGAGGCGCCUCCAACCCUCAGUGAAACUUCCCCCGAAUUACUCGAUGAGAUAUUUAUGGUUGAAAGCAAGAAGCUGUUUCUUUUGUUCCGCCACUGUCCCGUAUGUGGUACUGCCGUCGAUAGAAAGACAGGAGGAUCGGUUCGCCUUCUUGUCAUGGGAACCACACCGAUUGUUGAUGUAGCUUGCGGGGUGUGCUGGAUUUCUCGAACAACUCAACGACGAUGGAAAGGUCUUUCAGAAUCGAAAGGAGAGAAGGGAGUCCGCAAAAGAACUCGCGAUGAGCAUAGCUCGAGCUUGAAGCACAGUCACAAUUAUGAGCCCAAAUCCGAGCGAUGCUACUGGAAUGAGAACUUGGCUUCUCAAGAAACUACACAAGAUUUUCUUUGCCACAUCCAGGAUCUCAAACCUUUUGAAGGUCAAAGUACGAGCUACGACAAGCCCAAGGAAAGCAGGAUCAGUCCUCUCAACAAGAGCAAAAUAUUGCUGAGAUAUCGUUGUGUUCUUUGUGGCUACACCCGAGAUCUGUGUUUUGGUCGCAUGUCAUCUUCAAGUCGCCAGUUGACCGGAGUGUUGCUCACAUCUUUGAUGUUUUUCAAAUCAAUGGGCCUCGACCGAGCAAGAAUGGUUUACCACGUAUGCCUCAAGAGACGAAAAAUGUUAUGUAAAAAACAUUACAGAGAAGCGGCGACAUGCAUUGCCAGUGAAGUAGCGGCUGCAGCCGGUGGGCUCUCCAAUUUGUGUGGUAAUGAGGGAAAGUUGCGAGACUUCGAGAUACCUAGUGAUAUUCUGGACUGCCUCAAUGCCUGUGCCCGUCACAUAGAUGAAACCCUUUUACUAACGACAGCCAACGUUGCACAUUUUGUGGAUGGUAGUUUUUCUCCAUCGGAUGACAUCGAUGAGUCAGAAGUUGCUGAUGUAGAAUACGACAACAACAUCACAUCAAAGCGUUCACGGAUGGAUGAAGAAGUAACCCAAAACCGUGAGCAAGAAAGUGCCCGUGGUACCGUUUGUGUGGAUGGAAUUGAAGGAGGGGAAUUCCCAUGUGAAGACUUAUUUUCUGUUCAUGACAUUAAGGUUGAAGAAUAG